GUUUAUGUAAGUGUGCAGGUACCUAGGUGCUAAAAGCAGACACUAAAGAGAUUCAGGGUAAUCGAUAGAGGACUCCGACGAACCGUCGCAUAUGCGAUGGGAUGUCGAGGGCCAUCAUUGAACCUAGUUCAGAAAUAGAGAUUCUGGAAGAUAUGCGACGGCAGACACCGACGGACCAUCGUACAUCCGGCUUACCGUUGAAGUUCACCUCAAUGACAAGUUCCAGAUGAGUUCACUGGAAAGUAUAGACGGUAGAACCGACAAACCGUCGCACAUUCAACAGACCAUCGCAUACACCGUCGCACUUAACCCUAAGUCUCGCGGAUUGAAUCGGAUCGCUUUAAAUAGCCGAUUUUAAAUAUCAAAAUUAUCCAAAUGGUUUUACAUUGAUAAAGUGGAAUGGUUACUUAUAACUCCCACCUUUUCAAAUAGCCUGCACCCUUUUAUUUUCUUUAAAAACCUUUCAUCUCUCUAUUUAAACUCCCUUUCCUUCUCUCAUUACACAAGCAAACACUUCAUUCUCAUUAUAGCAAAUAGUCAGAAGGUGGGUAAAAUUCCUUGCUUAGGGUUUGAAGCAAUACUUCAAAUCCUGUACACUCCAGGUACCAUGGCUCCAAAACGACCACAAGGAAGAGGCAAAGGCCAACAAUCAGGCCAAACCUCUAAUCCACCGGCCAGAAUAACUAGACAAAGUCGUCAUCCGAGAGUGUCUUCAUCCUCUUCAUCCGAAGAGGUCAUUGAGAGCAGUCACAAUAUUACCCCUAUUCCAGAUCCAGUCAAAGCAGGAGUGGAAGCAUCUAGCCCCGUUCAGGAGGAUGUUCCUUAAUAGAAGGAUCCAAACUUGAUUCGGCGCAAGGAUGCGCAGUUACGGGAAGCGAUAAGAUGGCAAGUGCCAGGAUAUCGUGAUGAGUUCUACAAGCAUUUUGAACCAACGGACAGGACGCAAAUCAAAAGGGAAAUUUUUAAAGAACACCAGAUAAUUACAACAACCCUCCAUGAAUACCCAGAACUGGAGCGACGAUUCCAAGACUACCAGCUAGAUUGGAUGAGUAGGCCACUUGGUGCCCACCAACUGAACUUGGUUAGGGAAUUCUUUGCCAACUAUUUGGCGUUGUUGAAGAAGGCUUUCCCAAAAGGUCGUUCACUAGCUGACCAAAACAAGUUAGAUAUAGUUCUAGACGCGACGUUGAUAUUGAUAUUUCUGAAAGGACACUGAAUAGAUUCUUGUUUGGGCCUGACUAUCAAAUCCCAGGGGCGAUUCCUGAUUUAGAGCACCGGCUAUUCACAAGGGUGAACAAAGGCCCUGGAUAGCAAGGAUUUUGAUAGAUGGAGGGGCUCCUUCAUGGCUACAUAACUCUCAUGAUCACAUAUCAAAGAAGUCCCUGAGCUUUUGAUCCAAAUUCUGGUGGGCAUUUGUGAGACUUAGGCUCAUGCCUACGGGUGGUGAUGAUUGAUUGGAAAGCACCAGAGUUGUACUUAAUGCUGCCUUGAUUGAGGGCUUCACAGUGGAUUUUGUUCACAUCAUCGCUGACCAGCUAUUCUUCCAUAUCCACAAGACUCACGCGGCAUUACCAUUUCCCUGCCUCAUCACCAAACUAUUCAAAAAGGCAAAUGUUCCGCUAAUAAGCAGAAUUGAUAAUGAGGUCCCGACGCUACAUAAAUAAGACAUAGAAAAGAUGAAAGAUGAGUCGAGGUUCGAUUUGAGGAAAAACAAGCUUCGGGCUCAACAGACUCAGUCUGCCCCGGUGCUGCUUGACACAUCAGCAUUUUCUGCAGGUAUGCCUAUGCCUUUAACUGUUUAUGCACCGCCUACCACCUCUUCAGGAUCAGCCUCCAUGCCGAUGGGCAGGAUCCCAGACUCUACAUCUGUCCGGCCCCUACCUUCAGAGUACAAGAUGAACCCUGACAACUUUGCAAAGAUGGUGCGUCGAGUUAAUAAGGUUGAAAAACAAAUAGCUAUUUGGGGAAAAAACUUCAAACCUUUUAUUGAGCGGAUCAUCGAAGAUGCAUUACGCCCAUAUAGAAAUAUUCAGCUCCGAAUGGAUAACAUGGAGGAGCGUGUCAAUAAGAGGUUAGCGGAGAAGUCUAUCCUCGAUUUUGCAAAUGUAAUUAAGGAAGUUAGAAAGAUGUGGACAGAUAUAGACGGGUUAAUUCAGAUACCACAGCAGCCCUCCGUUGAUCCUGUUCAGAUUCCCAGCGACAAUAACGAGGGUCUUGUUGAUCUUUUUGGAAAUCCAAUCAAGGACCAAGGCAAGCAAGCUGCAGAGACAAAUGAAACCACAGAGAGGGCAGUAAAUAAAUUAGCCAAACAAGAGGAAAGAAAAUGCCGGAUAGAAGCCAUAUCACCGAAAGAGUUGGAAGCAUUUGAGGUAAAGCGAGCGACCAAGAAAUCUAGGAAAUCAGAAGCAAGGGAGCAGAAAAGACAUAAGGAUGAAGCCGCAGGAGUAUCUACCAGUACUUCCCCAGCUAGGGAGAAAAUUUCAAAACCAACUCGAGAUGUGAUACCUCAAACGUGCCAUAGGGUGAGGAUGCAGGAGCCUCACCACAUCUCACAGAUGCCUCAGAUGAGUAAGAGGUGCACCACAAGUAUAUCCCAACCUUGUACUUACACUUUAUGCAUUGAGGAUAAAGCAUGUUUUUCUGUGAGGGUGGGAUGCACUUGUGCAUGCUAGGAUUCUGUUAUCAUUUUAAGUUUAAAUAAGUGACAGUGUUACUUUUGUUUUUAGGAUUAACUUUAAAAAAUUGCAAUUUUAUUUCUUUAAACUUAUGUUGCUAGUAAUGUUUAAUGAAAUAAAAGUGUUGUCAUGAAGUUGUUGUGUGGCAUCCUAUUACAAAUACAGAUAGCAAAUAACAUUGGCACUUAGUUGCUAUUGUGUGUGCGAGAAUUUGUAUUAGUUCUUGCAUAGUAGAAUACCUAGAACUUGCCUAGUUUAAUUGAUGUCUUUUUAUAGUUGAUUGGAUAGGAAGUGAUAGCAGGCCACAUUGUUCUUUUAGUCCACUUAGCCAAAAUAAACUACCCCACUAAAGAGUUUUUAUCACUUGCACCCCUUUUGAGCCUUUAGUAAAAAAAUUUCAAAUCCAAAUAGUUGUCAACAACUCUCCUUAGAGUAUUAGUACCUAACUCUGGCCCUGGCUCAACAUUGAGCAUUAUGCACUUUAACUUAGGUAAGACACCUAAGUUGUGGGUGGCUAGUGUCAAGAUACAAGUACCCAGGAAAGUUGGAUCAGAAUGUAAAAUAAAAGCAUUUUUCCUUGAGUUGUUCAAAGAUAUUGUGUACCUUAAAUGACUGCCUCAACAUAAGUUGAGGGUGGCUGAUGCUUGUAUAAAGGUUGUGAUUUGAAAGAGACUGGGUAAUAAAGGUUGUAAACAAAAUUAAUAAACUAACAAAUUGGAGCUGUAAAUAUGUUAAGGAAAGGAGAGUUUAGUAAUGAGUCAUUCCACCCAAAAAAAGAGUGUCCUCACCUUACCUGAAGCUUUGUUAUAAGCCGAUAUAAGACCUGCUUGAUCUUAAAACUCAGCUAUAUGGGGGGCAUACAUAGAUAAAGGCAAGCUUAUGGGUACAUAUGCUAUGUUAGUAACUUCUUUGAUGAGUGAGAGAGUUUUGACUUAUAUCCACAAAAUACUUUUGAGUGGUGGAUCUCUUACUGUGAGGGCAACAUGAGUCAUGAUUACUCCAACUAAUCUCUUUAGAUUGUUGUAUUCAUGUUUUAAUAGAGAAAUUGAAGUUUAAACAAUGCCAACUAUAGACUCUGACAUGUCUAAUCAGAUGAUUUGGGUGAUGAGUAAAUGAUUGUGGGAGAACUAGUUCGGUAGUAAAGGGCCUGUCAUUGUGUUGUCCUUAUUUGCAAUAUAGGUGCUGAGUUGCUUGAGGACAAACAACUGUCUUAAGUUGAGGGUGUUGAUGUUCCGGUAUUCGACGGAACAUUUUAGGCAUUUUCCUUAAGAUAAUUGAAUGUUUUCAAGCAACUAGUGUGUAUUUAACAUUGUAUUUUAGUGUUUUCAGAAUAAAAGCGAAGUGGAAGUGAUAACUUGGAAAAGCUGGGCAAAACAAAGGAAAAAUGACCUACAAUGGCACAGGCAACGGAACGUCGGUAUUGCAACGGACCGUCAAACAGGAUCGUCGACCAAAUCCAGAAGGACACCUUACUGGAAUCCAAGCGACGGUACGAUCCGACAGGACGUCGGACAUUCGAUGGACCGUCAAUUUACACUGUCAACUUGAAGAUGGAAAUGCCAAACACUAGAAACAAGCAAUGGUAUGCUCCAACAGGCUGUCGGACCUUCAACAGAUCAUCGACCUCGACCGUCAAACAGAAGCAACACUCAACAUCACUGGAAACCCAGCGACAGUAUAUGCGACGGCACCAUCGGACCUGCGACGUACCGUCGACUUUUACCAUCGGGUUUGACGCGGCGAAGUUAUGUUUGAAUUUUGGAACCCUGACUUUUAGAAAUGCUAUAAAUACUAAGUGCUAGGGUUUAGUUGGCACUAUCCAUGCUUAGACACCUUCAAUUUUUCUUAGUCUCCAUCUUAGCUUAGUUAUUCUACAUUCUCACCUACUCUUUGACUAUUCUUUUUAGGGGAUAGAUCUGAGAUCUACAUUUCCAGAUCUAGACAGAUCUAGCUUUCAUCUUUCAUUUUCCAUCAAGUUUUCUAGAUUGUAAAACUCAUUGGUAACUAAGUUCAUAUUGGGAAACUAAGCACUAGCUUGUGGAUCCAAUCACUUCAUCUCUAUUGAGGACCCAAGAACUUAUUCUUGUAAUUGUUGUAAGUAACAUUGCAUUAUUUAUGAGUAAUACAAUGAUAUCUUCUAUUUCUUCUA